AGUUUUCUGUGAGAUUCAAAACUCAACCAGUAACCAUUAUGGUAAUGUAUCAACAACAAACAGUGAUUACAGACUAUUAUGAUAAAGAGCUCCAUUUAAAACUAAGCCACAAACAACUUAUCAGUAAGAAGAAGAAAGAGAGGAUGUGCCCAGAAUGGAAAAAGGCCCGCUCUCGCAUGGCAGCUCGCAGCAGACGGGAGAAGGAAAGCCAGCUGUUCAGAGAAAUUGCUGCCCUAUUGCCCGUUGACCCAUAUGUGGAGUCUCAGCUGGAUAAAGCUUCAGUGAUUAGAGUCACCAUCGCUUACCUACACCUCAGAUCUCUACUGGAUGGUCCAAACUCCAAAACAGUACCAGCUAAAACAGAACUUGCUUUAUCAAGCCAGGGGGAGCUGGCUGAAUCAAAAGAAGAGAAGUGGUUUCUUGAUUAUGCACUUAGAGGAUUCCUGUUGGUAAUAUCCUUGAGUGGCAAGAUUAUCAUCACAACGCAGGACGUCAUCUCGUAUAUAGGAAUUAACCAGACGAAUUUGAUCGGCCGGAGUUUAUUCGAUUUCAUGCACCCUUGUGACCACAAGGAGAUUAAAGAAAUACUCACAAGGCUACUAAAGACUCAAGGACAGCAGAAGUGUGAGGUUUUCCUCCGAAUCAAAGGGGCAGUCAAGAACAUGAUGACUCCCUGGAAGGUAUAUCACUGCACUGGAGUUAAAAAGUCCUCCUCGACACCAGGCUCCAGCUAUCUGCUGCUUCUGUGCAGAUCACUACCUGUGCAGGAAGUCAUUGAGGUGGAUGCUUAUCAGAAUGUCAAAACAUUUCUGAGCAUUCAUGGUCCAGACAUGAAGUUUACCUACUGCCACUCUGGGGUGUUGGAACUGACUGGAUUUACUGACAUUGAGCUGUAUGGUCAGACUGUGUACCAGUACUGUCAUCCAUCUGAUUGCCAGCAUAUUCUGAAGGCACAUCGCUGCUUGUUUUUAAAAGGUCAGGUGUACAUUGGGAAAUACCGGCUGCUGCAGAAACGCGGUGGCUAUGUUUGGGUGGAGACAGAUGCAUCAGUCGUGUACAACAUUCGCACAGGAAAACCCGAGAGCAUUGUGUGCAUCAACUACAUUCUCAGUGGAGUGGAGCUGCCAGAUGUGGUGUUCUCACUGAAACAGAAAGAGCAUCUGCUGAACCCAUGUGAUUCCCCCCAGCCCCAUUUCCAGUCCAUCCCAGCACCAGUGAAUACAACCACAAAGAAUGAAAUCAGUCAGGCAACCACUAUGGAUGAACAUGCAUGGUCUGCUCAGGAUGGAGAGGGCAGAGGAUGUAUGAAUGAACAAACAGCUGUAUGUAACUCGCCUGCUUUUGACAUGGAUGAUUUGGAUUUAGAUAGCCUGGCUCCAUACAUCCCCAUGCAUGAAGAGGACUUUCUGUUAACUCCUGCAUUAGAUGGCUUGGCAGACACUUCAGUGUUAGACAUGCACAGACUCCAGCUCAACAUGCCACAGUUGUUACAGAACACAGACGAAGCAACUCUGUUAAAAACAGCAGCUAGAAGCAAUUUAUCCCUACUGCAAAACACUGAAAGCUGUUUUUCUUUUACCACCCCUACUGAGCAAUAAACCAGUGAAUUAUCUGUUGAGAGAGUGGCAUGACAGGACUCAUGAACUAAAAAGAAAAGAACAAG